AUGUUCCCCCCAGACUGUGUCAGCGAUUAUGAAAAUGAAUCGGACCAUGCUUCGUACGAUUCCGACGAUGAGCCAAGCUUCUUCGAAAGGUUCCCCUUUCGCUUGUGCAAACGCCGUCGUAAACCCUCCGAUGAAAAGGAGAACUCAGGUGUUCAGACCCCUAAGAAGGGCAUCCCAUCGGAGACUCUACCCAAUGCGCCGAUAACGGCUGGUGCUGCCAUUCGAAUGUUUGGCGACGAGCUGUUACCCUACGAACAAAGCGAGAUCGUUGGUUAUCCUGAGAUCUGGUUCAUGGGGCACCCCUUGGCAAGAAAGUUCUGGAGAGGUUUAAUAGCUUGCUUAUGCAACGCGUAUGCUGUUAUGAAUGGAAAGUUUGAGUACCAUCAGUGUGAGCUCGACAGUAAUGGCUACGAUGAUGUCUAUGGGGACUAUCGUAUUGUUUUGAAUCAUCAUGUCGGUUACCGAUUCGAGAUUCUCGAUCUCUUCGGGCGCGGUGAUUUCGGUCAUGUACUGGAUGUGUUCGAUCACAAAACUAAAUGCCGCCGGGCUCUCAAGAUGGUGCGUAAACCAGAAUUCGAUCUCAGUAACCAGUACGUCGAGUUACGCACGUUCAGGCACUUGGUGAGUUAUCCUUCUUAUGGUUAUUCAACUGUCAUUACCUUCUAUGAAGCCCUCUAUUUCCGCCAUCAUCUAUGCUUAGUGUUAGAGCCCGGCUACAUGAGCCUUCACGACUACCUCAACGGCCUCGAGUCGAAACGCUUACCAUUGACCACUAUUUGUGCAAUUGCUAAGCAGUUGAUCUCAGCCCUCGUGUAUUUGAAAGACUACGGAGUAAUACACUGCAAUCUGAAACCCCAGAACAUUCUCUUGAUGUCGCCGGUUUCGAAUGAAAUCCGUGUUAUCGGCUUUGGAACCUCGAAAAGGUGGCCUCUCUUCAGACGACCGUUGAGAGAAUUUCAGAGCCUGAGGUAUCGUAGUCCAGAAGUCAUGCUACGGCUACCUUGCGACGAGAAAAUCGAUAUGUGGAGCCUUGGAUGUAUUCUUGCUGAGCUGUUCACUGGUGUCCCAUUGUUCGAUGGAGAGAACGAAGUAAACCAGUUGAAGCUGAUGUCGGUGGUGAUUGGGCAACUUCCCGCCUAUUUGGCGUCACACUGCUUCAGAAGGAGAGCUUUAGCGUCCGCUAUCAGCUCUGGGAAGAUAUCAGCCUCGAGAUCUCCUAGGCCGGCCUCGUCAUUUUCUGAUGAUUUCCUUGCCAUUCACGAAAGUGUACCCUUCGAGAAAGAUUUCCAGGAUUUCAUCCGGAAGAUUCUGGUCUGGGAUUCUAAGAAAAGACUCAGCGCGGCGAAUGCGUGCUCUCAUCCAUUGAUAUGCGCCCACCUGGAUAAACUAGAAGAGGAGCACGACCGUGAGGAGGAGACCGCGCAGGCGGAAUAA